UUCAUCUGUUAUACUUAGUUGCUAGUUAACGACGGAUAAUAGAGCCGAGAUACGAAGAUUUUUUCAAGUCGCAAUAUUAGGUAUUUGGAGAACCAGAUUUCUAGACCGAUUCAAAAGAUGGCGGUGUGUCUGGAGACAGACGUGGACGCCGCGCCGAGAGCCAUCGUGCGGUGGCGCAGCAGCUACAGCGCAGCAGAGGCGCUGAACCUGCUGCUGAUAGCCGCUCCGCAGGCCAGGCCGCGCAGGCUGCGCCGGCGGGACAGCUACUGCGCUGCGAUAGAGGCCGGCAUGCCUGCAGUGCAGCCUCCCGCAGCGCCGAGCCCGAGCCUUGCAGCCCGGGAGAAGACACGGGGGAAGCGAGGCCGCCUGGAGCGACUAGUGCUGCUGGCGAGGCAGGUUCAGCGCCUCGUCAACCGUGGGCCUGCCUGAUGCCGGGCAUCCCACUAUUAUUUGUAUUUGUUAUAUUUUUAUCGUUUAUUUUGUUUUUGUUAAAUGUUUUAAAAAGAUUGGUUUAAACAUACAGCUAUAUAAAAGCAGA